GACGCACCGUGUACGUCUAUUACGUUACGGAUGUAAACACCGCUAGGUUCACGUGGAGCGAAAACCGACUAUGGCACCGAAGUUGGAGCGUUUUGUCAGCCCGGGAAAGGGUAACGGUCUGCGCGCGACAGCCAACAUCAAGAGGGGAGAGCUGGUGUACUCGGCUGAGCCGUUGGCGUGUUGUGUGUCCAACAAACUGUCCAGAGAUGUCUGCCACCACUGCUUCACACGAUGUGAGACCUUGUUGCGAUGUUCCCAGUGCAAGAUGGCUCGGUACUGCAAUAUCACUUGCCAGAAACGAGCAUGGAUUGGCCAUAAGAGAGAGUGUAAAUGUCUGCAAAGCCUCCUACCCAGAAUUCCCACUGACUCGGUCCGUCUGGCUGCGAGACUCACCUUUGCCUUGUUAAGUCCAUCUAAGAGCCGUAGUGAGGAGCUCUACACUUUGGAGGAGCAUGAAUCACACCUAAGUUCCAUGUCUGAGCAGAAAAAACAAGGUCUGUCUCAGCUGGCAUCCAUGUUAGAGUUGUACCUACAACAGGAAGUACCUGACCUGGCACAGGAAGUGACAUCAGCACUGCCACCUUCCUGCCAAGAACCCUUCAGCCUCAUUGCAAAGCUAUUCGACAGGAGCGUUCUGCCUGCAGUGUCCAAACACAUCCAACAGCACACACAUGGUGCACUCUGUGGCAGCAGGUGCACACAGGACAGUUUAGCUGCCUGCUGACAGGUCACCUGAUCAGGACACAACCUC